GUGAAGUUGUAAUUGUUGUAUGUUAUUAACAUAAUUAAUAGCUGUUAUAUGUACUGCAUAUAUUUGACUGGAAAAAUAUUGAUAAGAAAUUCGGAUCUAUGUGGCACUAAAGAUUGGCCGCUAAAGGAAUAGAAGAAAAUUCAAGACCAUUUUUCUUAUCAGAACUUGAACUGUAACUGUCUGUCGAUUUUUAUUACAAAUCAUAAGUUUUUACUUAUAUUUAAUCCGAAAGAAUUUGUACAUAUUAGAAGUUGAAAGGUCCUGAAAUUUUUGAAGCAUUUUUAAAUAAUUUACUAAAUACAUAGUAAAAAUAUACGUAACAUUUAUACGUACGUAAAUGAUAAGCACAGCUCUAAAUACAACGAUUUUUUAUUCAAAUAGUUGAAAUAAUAAUUCGGAGAAACGUGAAAUGAAAAUCAAGAUUGAAGAUUAUUAAGAGACUUAAAGCAUUGUAAUUAAAAGAUAACAAGACAGCUGCCUUAAAGUUCAAACAAGUAAUGAUAUAAGUGAUAAAGAGAGAUGACAUCACUAUACACGACAGUCAAAUAGUAUUGUAUAUUAAAUGGUGUUGUUUGCAAGAAGCCUAGCAAAUAUGUCUGAUAUCAGAAAGGUAGAAAUCUGUAACUUAUAAGAAGUUAAUUGAACGGAAAAUCGUGCAGUGUAAUGACUGAAGUUUCAUGGACUAUACGAGAAGAAAACUUGAGAAAGUUUUCUUGAAUACUGUGAACUACGAUACGGUAUAAAGAACAUCGGUUUGAUAUCAAAGAGAAAAAGUGGGAAACUAGUAAUAGACAUGAUAAAUAAUCAACAUUGUGUUAUUCUUAAUUCCGGUGAGACCAACAACUAUCAUCAACCGGUCUCAGCAAAGCCCUCUGUUGUCUCUGUAUCGAGUAUUGAUUCCGAUGUGAGUGAUAGAAGGGAUGUGCGCGAAGAGCUUUAUGCGGGGAUCUUCAGAAGGCACAGAAAAACAAUACUUGUCCUAGGCAGUUUUCUCAAGAUGUUAAGGAGAUACUUGGACAGAUUGCAUGUUCUGAACCGAGUAUAUGCCUUAAUUGCUUUACAAUUCGAAAUUGUGCUGCAACAAAAAUUUUGGUAAACCUCGGUAUUUUAGUUUUUUUAGUUUUUAAUUAGAGCGAAAGAUAAAUGCUGGUUCGUUUGUUUUUUUUUCCCGGAAUGCAAUAACAUUUAUUAACAGUGCUAUAGUCGAUGGAAUCGAUAUUUGUCAAAAAUUAUAAUUCAAAGCGAAUAAUACUAAGGUUUUUUUACAUUUAUAAUAUUAGUGUGAGUAUCAAAUUACUGCCUUACUGACAAACAGUUUCAUACAGAAAAUUUUUCAUUCAUUAGUACUUAAUUUACAUCUGCAAAGUUUAUAUAUACUUGCUAGUUUCUCUACAUCAAAUACUGCCAUUACGAGAUACUUACAUCACGAUGCAUUAGAAACAAAGGAUUUAUUCAACAGAAAGUACGUUCAAAUAUUUCACGCUCCAAUAUGAACUUUUGAAUCCACAGGCACUUAACCAUUCAAUCGUCCUCAUUAUAUUAGCCGAACCAUUUAUUGUCGUAAGACUGAGAAAUGUGCUUUUCCAGGGCACCAUAUGUGCCAUAGUAAUUAUUAGACAAGCAUUAAAAAGAGAAGAAAUGAAAAAAAAAAGUAAUUCGGACCUUUCGACGCUACUAUCGAUAUUUUCACUUCCUAUCGAUCUAUUGUUAAACACAAGGAUGUACAGCAUAUCGAGAAUAUUAAUUUUAAAUAAAAGUAUGUGAUGUUUGAUAUCUACGUUAACUAAUGUCAAAUUAAAAUGCAUACAGGAAAGUUGAACAGCAAAAAAUUUUAUGAACAAAAUAUAUAGCUAUUGAAUAAACUGUCAUUGUAUCAGAGUAAUAUCACAAAAUUAGAAUCUUAACAGUUAGAAUGACGUUAUAGUAUAACAGAUUUUAUAUGACAAAAGAGAAACAUUCAUCUUAUACGAUUGUUUGACCAAUUUUUCAGUAGAGCAAUAUUAGAUAGCUUAAUAAUAUUUCGUACAUAUACAUAAAUAUAGUUUGUUAUGCAACUAUGUUUAGAUCAGAAAUUAUAAUUGUACAAUAAUUUUAUGCAAAAAUCCUUUGUAUUGCAUAGAAAAAUAUUUGUUAUGAUAUUGGUUUUGUAUCAUUUACAUAAAUAAUAAAAGAAAAAUAUUAUUUCAUUUA